GCGUUCGUGCAGCGGUUCAGCGAGGCGCAGCGAAAGGUGCGCCAGCGCGUCGCGGCUGGGCAGCGCACGCGGCAGCACGAGGCCGCCAAGGCGGUUGCACAGCUCAAGGGAUUCGCCGCUCUUAGGCCCCUGCCCAUGGCUGCGGCGCUGGUUGCCGCAGACGGCGCCAGCUGCGCUGCUGAGGCUGUCGCGCCGGCGGCGCGCGGCGCCUCGCCAUGCCCCGAGCCGGCGGUGGCGUUGUGCUCCGCCACUUUGGGCUGUGGCAGAGACUGCAGGACGCCGACGGGGCGCCCUCAGACUGUGGUCUUGAAGGCGUGA